AUGACCCCUUUUCUGAUCGUGUAUCAAGCUGUGAUCCUUAUUUUCGAACGCUCUUUCCGUCUCUGGGACCAGCAACGCUAUCAUCGGGACCAGCAAGUGUCCGGUCACCCUCUGAAUGAUGCUCUCGAGCAAUACAUGACGUCCGUGGAUGAGGCUGCUAUCAGGGAGGCUCUGAGAGAUGCUGUCGACAGAUUUCGUUCCUCUCGGUGGAAAAACGCGGUUGAUCAAAGCACUUCCAUUGGCUCUCAAAGGAAGACGCAGUUUAUCAAUACAAUUCUUCAAGUCAUAUUGCAGCAUUGCCUGUGCGAUGGAUGA